CUUGCUGAAACCGAUUUCCGUGGCUGAGGGCGUCCUCUGUUUGUAAACAUACCAAGCAAACCUUUAAAAAUCAUCAAUCAUCAAAAUCUUUUGCCUCUUUUCAUUGGCUGCAUGAUGAUUGUUGAACUCUUCCCAUGUGUGGAUAUCGUGAGGCUGAUGUUUGAGAGUCUAAAUGCUGAAUUUAUAGAAUGAAGGGCCUUGACAAAAAUGCGAUUCGAAAGAAGGUUCAACAAUUUUCAUUUGGAGUUCUGUCCAGUGAUGAGAUUCGGAAGGCUAGUGUUGUCCAAAUCACCACUUCAAUGUCUUUCAACAAACUGGGCGAACCAUUGCCAGGGGGCCUCUACGACACCCUAAUGGGUCCCUCACAUGAUAGGAUGUCAUUGUGUGGAACAUGUGGACUGAAUCAAUUCCGUUGCAAUGGCCACAUGGGGCAUAUUGAAUUGCCAGUGCCUCUUGUUCACCCUUUUUUCAGAAGGCAGUUGAGUAAUGUACUCAACAUUUCAUGCGUCAACUGCCACAGAAGUCGAAUUCCAGACCUUGUGAAAAUACUCUUCAUUGCACGUAUCAAACUUCUGGACAUGGGCCUGAGCACUGCUGCUCUCGCAGCGGAAACAGAACUUGGCAAUCGUCCUGAAGGAAUAUCUGACAGUGAUCUUGCACUUUGGGCCAAAGAUCACUUUGAGAGUAUUGUGCAAAGGAUGGCUAUUGAGGGAAAGCCUGAUAAACCAUCUCCGACUCAGACAUAUGAAUCCCUUAGGCGCAUGUUUGUUGAUUCUUGCACCCGCGCAGUCCUCAGCGGUAAGAGUUGUAGCAAAUGCAAGCAAUCCCUCAAGAAGUACACUCUAAAGAAAUGCAAGUUCACACUGCCUAAGAGCAAGGUUGAGGUUGCUGACAAAUUUGCAGAACUUCAAAAGCCUAAGCUAGCGCCUAAGUCGCCAAAAUCUAAAGCCACAUACACCAGUAGGGGUCGUGAUCCAGAGAAAGAUGAGACCGUUACAAUCAGGGCCGAUGAGCUGCGCGAUCACAUGAGGUUGAUCUGGGAAAAUGAACGGGAGUUCCUGGAAACGAUGUAUCCAGCUCUGAAGAGGCCAGACAUGGCAUAUCCUACAGAUUUGUUUUUUCUGGAAGCCAUCCCUGUCAUUCCCCCAAACUGCAGACCGAUCAACAAAUCAGCUAGAGGAGUGGUGGAGCAUCCUCAAUCAUAUACUUUGAAGGUGGUGAUGCAGAAUGUAAUCGUGAUUCAAAACCUGAAAAAAUAUAUGAGUGAGGGCGAAAAUAGCACCUUGUCAGAAGAAGCAAAGGCAUUGAUAAAAAAGCUGAGAGGUGAGUCGCCAUUAGAGAAACUAGGAUUUGUUUUGGAUGAGCUCCAGGCUGAUGUUGAUCACAUUCUUGAUAAGGACAUCAACAAGCAAACUGAUGGGGAAAAGUGUUUUGGAGUGAAGCAGGUCAUUGAGAAAAAGGAAGGCUUGUUCCGAAUGCACAUGAUGGGGAAGAGAGUCAACUUUGCUGCCAGAACUGUCAUCACUCCUGACCCUAAUCUAAGCGUUGACGAAAUCGGCAUCCCAGAGGCUUUUGCCUUGAAACUCACUUUUCCCACGCCUGUUACUCCAUGGAAUGUAGAUGAGCUGAGGAAACUAGUUCUCAAUGGCCCAUUUGUACAUCCAGGAGCUGUGCUGAUUGAAAGUGAAAACGGGUCCAUCACCAACUUGAGGGAUCCGUCAAUAAGAGAAGCUUGGUCCAAAAAGCUGCUUGCACCAUCAGAGAGUGGUUAUACUGGUCCCAAAGUAGUCCAUCGCCAUCUUCAGAAUGGAGACGUGAUGCUUCUCAACCGACAGCCAACUCUGCAUAGACCGUCUAUUAUGGCGCAUAGAGCGAGAAUCUUAAAGCGAGAGAAGACCAUCCGCCUCCACUAUGCUAAUUGCAGUUCCUACAAUGCUGAUUUUGAUGGGGAUGAGAUGAACGCUCAUUUUCCGCAGAAUCACGUCGCCAGAAGCGAGGCACUGAAUUUGGUUAGCGUGUGCCAUAAUUACUUGGUGCCAAAGAAUGGGACACCAUUGAGCGGCUUGAUCCAAGAUCACGUCAUUUCUGGGGUAAGGAUUUCAAUCCGGGGGCGGUUCUUUACAAGAGAGGAAUACCACAACUUUGUCUUCCAAGGACUUGUGAAUGUUCCUGGCAAAAUCAAGCUCCUCCCACCAGCAAUGAUAAAGCCUGAGGUCUUAUGGACUGGCAAGCAAAUUAUUUCCACCAUUCUUCUCAAUGUCUUCCCUAAAGACAAGCCACCCCUUAGUCUGGAAUCCACAGCCAAAAUUGGUGCAAAAGCGUGGGAGAAACUUCCUCCCCGAGAGUGGAUUUGCGGUGGAACUCCAUUCACAAACCCAAAUGAUAUGUCCGAAGCUCAGGUCAUCAUCCGGCAUGGGGAGCUCUUGAGCGGUGUUCUGGACAAGAAGCACUAUGGAGCUACUCCGUUUGGCCUUGUUCAUUGUGUUUAUGAGCUGUAUGGUGGAAAAUACUCAACACUCCUCCUGAGUUCACUGUCAAAGUUGUUCACUAACUACCUGCAGGUGGAUGGCUUUACUUUAGGAGUUGAAGACAUCUUGGUUCAGAGGAAAGCGGACAAAAAAAGAGUCCGCUCGAUUUCAGAGUCGAGAAUGAUUGGAGAUCAGGUUGUGGCUGAGGCCUUUGAGUUAGCACCAAACACCUCCAGAGAGCAGCUUCAACGUGAAAUGAAAACACUUUUCAGUAAUGAUGAGAGCAAGUACAGGACUGUUUUAGACAGGAAGUACAAACAGCUGCUCGACAAGUACACCAACGAGAUCAACAAAGUAUGCCUUCCAACCGGGCUGAUUUGCAAGUUUCCCAGCAACAAUCUCCAGCUGAUGGUUCAGUCCGGCGCAAAGGGAUCAACUGUCAACACGAUGCAAAUUUCUUGUCUACUUGGACAAAUUGAAUUGGAAGGCAAGAGACCUCCUCUGAUGAUCUCUGGCAAGUCUCUGCCCUCAUUCCUUCCAUUUGACACUUCCCCCAGAGCGGGAGGAUUCAUUGAUGGUCGCUUCAUGACUGGAAUCCAACCCCAAGAGUUUUUCUUCCAUUGUAUGGCUGGUCGAGAGGGUUUGAUUGAUACAGCAGUCAAAACAAGUCGUAGUGGCUACCUCCAAAGGUGUCUGAUCAAGCAUCUUGAAGGUCUUAGCGUUGGCUAUGAUCAGACAGUGCGAGACAGUGAUGGAAGCGUGAUUCAGUUCUACUAUGGAGAAGAUGGGAUGGACGUGAGCAAGGCCCAAUUCAUGGAUCCCGAUCAAAUGCACGUUCUUUUGGACAAUGCGAACAUAGUUCUGGAAAGCGAAGUUGUUGAUAAAUUGAAACACGCAGACGGUUUUGAGCGAGUUUGUGACGCCAAGAAUGUGCUGAAAAAAUGGAAAAACAAGCACCCAGACUACACAAAGCCAUCACCAUUCCUAAAAUUCUCACAGCAAAUUACUUACAAUGAAGAGGAAGUUAAAUUGGUUGAAAGUCAUGGCAGAACAAACGCUGCCCUUGCUGCUGUGGAGGCUUGGAGAAAUUUAGACGAGAAGAAGAAGCGGAAGUUCCAAAAGCACAAUAGGAACUGUCCAGAUCCCAUUUCUUCAAAGUUUAGCCUCAAUCGAGACUUUGGCGCCAUCACUGAAAAGCUGGAAAGCAGUGUUCAAAGCCACAUUUACAAAAAGCAGUUGGAGGAGGAUCAAGUAGCAAUGCUUAUGACCUUGAUUGCUCAAAAAAGUAUGACUUCUCAGGCUGCUCCUGGAGAGCCUGUUGGCAUUUUAGCAGCGCAGUCAAUUGGUGAACCUUCAACGCAGAUGACACUGAACACUUUCCAUUUUGCUGGUCGAGGUGACAUGAAUGUGACCCUUGGUAUUCCCAGACUUCGAGAGCUUCUCAUGAUGGCUUCUAAAAAGCAGAAGACUCCUGCCAUGGAUAUUCCUUUCUUGCCCCACAUCUCGGAAAGGAAAGCAGAGAAAUUCAAAAUUCGCUUCACCAAAGUGACACUGGCCGAUGUGCUGGAGAAAAUAGAAGUACAGGAGAAAAUUGACGCCAAGAAAGAUGAUAGGAAGAACUUGUACAAAAUCAUGUUCAAGUUUCUGCCAGGCUCAGCCUACAAAAACAAGUUCUGUGUCAAACCUACAGACGUGAUGCACUACAUGGAGGAAACGUUUUUCCAUUUUUUGGAGGAACGUAUGAGGAAGUUGAUUGGAUUCAAGAUUGAUAGUGUCAUCACCAAAAACGAGAGGGAAGCUAGGAAUAACGCUGAAGAUGAUGAAGAUGUAGAUGUUGGAGAAACAAAUGAACCUGGAGUUGGCAAACCUCGUAAUUUUGGGAAUACAGAUGAUCACAUCAGUUCUGAUGAGGAAGCUGAGGGAGAUGACGAUGAUGCAACUACAGCUCGAAUGAAAUCAAAACAUACUGAGGAAAGGGACUAUGAAGACCCUGAAGAGGAGGAGGAAGAAAUGGACAGUGACCAUGAAAAUGACGAAGAGAUGGUGGAAGUGCCUGCUAAUGGAGUACAAGAAUUGCCUCAAGAGAUGGUUACUGCAGACCAUGAUUCAAGCUCCUUAGCGAUAACUCUGGAGGAUGAUGAGACGCUGACUAGUGACCGUGCUUAUGCCGUCACUCAAAAGCGUGCAUUUGUUCUGCAGUACAGAUAUGACGCUGAGGAGGAGUUGUGGUGUGAAGUUGUCAUGGGGGUGUCACUUGCACACAAGAAAAUAGACAUGUCAACCCUUCUUAAGGAGUUGGCUCACAAAGCCAUCGUCGCGCAGGUUCCAUCCAUCAAUAAGGCGUUCAUUUACAGAAGUCCAAAGAAUGAGCUCAUGCUGAAGAUAGAUGGAAUGAACAUUCCUGAAAUGCUAAAAUACUACAAAAUCCUGGACAUCAACCGAAUGUAUGUCAAUGACAUUUACGCCUUCUCGCAAGUGUAUGGUAUUGAAGCUGCCAGCCGCAUUUUGGUGAAAGAGGUGCAGAAUGUGUUCGGGGUGUACGGCAUCACAGUGGACCCACGUCACUUGCUCCUCAUUGCUGACUACAUGACCUUUGAUGGCAGCUACAAAGCGCUCAACCGAGGGGGCAUUGCAGCCCACUCCUCGCCGCUGCAGCAGAUGACCUUUGAAUCAUCGCUCACUUUUAUGAGGAGCGCCGUUUUAGAGGCGAAAACAGACUGUGUCAGAACACCAUCAGCAUGCUUAGUAGCUGGACAAGCUAUCAAAGUUGGCACUGGAUCCUUUGAUUUGAAGAUGAAGCUAUCAUUAUGAAAUUUUUGACACCAUUCAUUACACCUGUUUCUCAUUUAUAAAUUGUUUGUAUUUGAA